GCUAUUACGAUGUACGAUACGUGACCAUUUAUACAACGCGUCUCUGCUUACCCUGAGUGGAAAUUGUUACCUCGUGGAGUACACGAAACAUACAACGAAAUGGCAAAUCCGAAUCUUACUGAUAUGACGGAGGAAGAUGCGGCAGAUCUGCAAUUUCCGAAAGAAUUUGAAAACGCGGAGACAUUGUUGAUAUCGGAAGUUUAUAUGUUGUUGGAGCACAGGAAAGCUCAAAAUGAAUCGGCGGAGGAAGAACAGGAAUUCUCCGAAGUGUUUAUGAAGAGUUUAACGUACACAAAUCGAUUCGGCAAGCUAAAAAAUAAAGAGACGAUCACAGCUGUUCGAAAUUUGCUGGCGCAGAAGAAGUUGCACAAAUUCGAGCUUGCCUCGCUUGCUAACUUAUGUCCUGAAACUCCGGAGGAGGCGAAGGCUCUCAUUCCUAGUCUCGAAGGGCGUCUAGAAGACGAAGAGCUUCGGACGAUAUUGGAGGAUAUACAAACGAAAAGAUCUUUACAGUAUUGAAAUAAACUUUAUAUCUAUUUCUACUUUUACGUCUAAUUUUUUCUAAGAAAAAAUGAAAGGGAUGAUGAAUUUGAUGAAUAAAAAAAAAAUAACUCGACAUCGCCACUAUAAAUGUACAUAAAUAAUACAUGUCAUAAUCUCGUUUCAAU